CAAUGGCGACAUCUCUGAGCACGCCAAAGCUAAGUACCACUUUGUCUUCUUCAACCCUGCAAACCCUCUUAUACAGACACAAAUUCUCAACCCAAAACCAUUCUCCGUUCAUUAUUUUCCCUCAAUCAUUAUCAUCUUCUUCCCGUUAUUCCUCUAGCUUCAAUCUGUCAAAAAAAGCCCUAGGUUUUCUCUCUGAUCAUCGCCGGAAUGCUAUCCUCAAGUCUCGUCGAUUCGCCACCCGAGCGGAUUCCACCAACGGUGCCGAGCCUCGUUACGACUACGACUUGUUUACUAUUGGCGCCGGGAGUGGCGGCGUUAGGGCUUCUCGUUUUGCAUCGAAUUUUGGUGCUUCAGUUGCUGUUUGUGAGCUUCCGUUUGCUACCAUCUCUUCUGACACUACCGGAGGGGUAGGAGGAACGUGUGUGCUUCGUGGAUGUGUACCAAAGAAAUUGCUUGUUUAUGCAUCUAAAUAUUCUCAUGAAUUUGAGGAGAGCCUUGGUUUCGGAUGGUCAUAUGGCUCUGAACCUACACAUGAUUGGAGCACCUUGAUGGCUAAUAAGAAUGCUGAGUUGCAACGUCUUACCGGUAUCUACAAGAACAUUCUAAACAAUGCGGGUGUCAAAUUGAUUGAAGGACGUGGAAAGAUUGUGGACCCACACACAGUGGACGUUGAUGGAAAACUCUACACUGCAAAAAACAUUUUAGUUUCAGUUGGAGGGCGCCCAUUCAUUCCAGAAAUUCCUGGAAGGGAAUAUGUGAUCGAUUCGGAUGCUGCCCUUGAUUUGCCAUCAAAACCUACAAAAAUUGCAAUUGUUGGCGGUGGUUACAUUGCACUUGAGUUUGCUGGUAUCUUCAACGGCUUGCAAAGUGAGGUGCAUGUAUUUAUCCGUCAAAAGAAGGUUUUACGUGGGUUUGAUGAGGAGGUUAGAGACUUCGUUGCAGAGCAGAUGUCCUUAAAGGGAAUCGAGUUCCACCCAGAGGAGUCACCACAAGCUGUGAUCAAAUCAUCAGAUGGGUCGUUUUCUUUAAAAACUAAUAAAGGAACAACCGAGGGCUUCUCACAUGUUAUGUUUGCCACAGGGCGCAAGCCCAAUACAAAGAAUUUAGGAUUGGAGACCGUGGGUGUGAAACUGGACAAGAAUGGAGCAAUAGAGGUCGAUGAAUACUCUCGUACAUCGGUUCCAUCUAUUUGGGCAGUUGGAGACGUCACCGAUAGAAUGAAUCUCACCCCAGUUGCUUUAAUGGAGGGAGGGGCAUUAGCCAAAACCCUUUUUGCAAAUGAACCUACGAAACCAGAUUUUAGGGCUGUACCAUCUGCAGUAUUCUCCCAGCCACCAAUCGGGCAAGUCGGACUUAGUGAGGAGCAGGCAAUAGCAGCAUAUGGUGACAUCAAUGUGUUCACGGCAAACUUUAGGCCCUUAAAGGCUACUCUAUCCGGGCUUCCUGAUAAAGUUUUCAUGAAACUUGUAGUGUGUGCUAAGACCGACCAAGUGAUCGGAUUACACAUGUGUGGUGAAGAUUCAGCAGAAAUUGUUCAGGGAUUUGCUAUUGCCAUUAAAGCUGGGCUGACCAAGGCACAGUUUGACGCGACCAUUGGUGUUCACCCUACAUCGGCAGAGGAAUUCGUCACCAUGAGGACACCCACAAGGAAAAUCCGAAAUUCUCCAUCUGGAGGCAAGGCGGAUUCCCAGGCUAAAGCUGCAGCAGGAGUUUAGCAAGAGCUUAAUCAAUUGAUUGCAUCCUGAUGCUUGCUUCUAAGGUCAAUAACCCAUUUAGAAGUUAUCAACAGGUAUUUGAUUGGCACAAGAUCGCAACAUGAAAAAAAGGAAUACAUCACAACAUUUGAUAUCUGUUGAUGGAAGAAGCCUUGAGAGAAGCAGGUUUACAUUUAGUGUCACCAUUUUUGACUCAUCGAUGGAUCGAUCGGAAAUGGUACAUAAUUCAUGUAUUUAUAGCAAUUAUUGGUUGAAUUUAUAGCUCGACACGUAAUUUCUCUCUCGUUUUCCGUUUGUAUUUCCUUUGUUUCGCUUACGGAGAAUAAGUGAAAUGUUUGCAAAAUGCCUCGACUGAUGUAUGCCUUUGAAAUGCAUGAUUGGAUAUCGUAUGUCACUUGGACAACCUACCGGGUGUGUCACUUACCUUGCUAGGUAAAAUGUCUGUUUGUUG